AUGUUUCGGACCGUAUCCAUAACAGCGAGGAUGCUUGCGAAAGCUUCAUAUUCAGCUAUUUCUCCCGUUAUGGGUAUGCGAUCCAUACACCCGAAUCAAGUGUUGUGGAAAGAAUACACUAAUCUUCCGCAGAUCGAACGUGUACCAGAAGUGGAUAGCAAUGAAAUUACGCCCAAAAAGAAGCCGGUUGAUGUUGAAAAGCGACGAAAAGUGCUAGAGUUAGAGAUAGAAGUAAUGCGUCAGGAAGGAAGAAAGGUUCCUUCGGUUGCCACAAUCAAACCAGACCAGUGGGAACAUCUGUUGGGAUUACCUUCUCGGAACAAACGGCGUCAGUACUAUCUUUACUUAUGGAACAUUGAAAUGGUACGGCAGAACCAAAAGAUAAAAAAGGAACGUAAACAGCUAGAGAUUUCAAAGCGGCGUGAAGAACUAAUGAAGGCGACAGAGGAAAAUGAUCACAUCGUGUACGGUCUGUUUCACAACACCAUGUUCCUGCGGAUAUACGACUCGAAAAUCGAUCACUUUCACAACAACCGGCUUGUUCAAGCGAUGCAGUUCGGUAUUAAUCUCGUGAUUGACUGCUCGUACGAUGAUUACAUGAACGACAAGGAAAUGCGUAACACUGCAAAGCAACUGAUGUUGUGCUUUGCUCUGAAUCGAAGUCACGAGCAGCCGUUUAAUAUUCACCAUUGCAAUGCGAACUUUGAAAAAACAACCAUGAAGCAACUGCAGAAGCAUCUCGUACAAAUUCAUCAACCAGACUUUCCGUACAACGUUACCGAGCAGAGUUACCUAGAUCUUUUCCCUAAGGAACGAUUGGUGUACCUGACACCUCAUUGCAAGAACGAUCUGCAGGCAUUCGAUCCAGACGACAUCUAUAUCAUCGGGGCUAUGGUCGACAAAUCUUCACAGGAGCCGGUCUCACUGGGCAAAGCGAAAAAGCAAGGCAUACGAAUGGCACGAUUACCGCUCGAUCAGUACUUCCAGUUUAAAAGCGGGAAAUCGCUUACGAUUGAUCAGAUGGUAGCGAUAAUGUUAGAGUUGAAGGAGAGCAACGAUUUCGGGAAGGCAUUGCAAUACGUCCCUCGACGAAAAAUUGUUACACUAGAAGAGGCCGCAGAGAAAGAGCGGGAAUUGCGCGCAGCGGCCAAAUUCAAGUUCAACGUCAAGCGGACAGGUGAUAAAAAAUACGGUAAAAAACCUCGAUAG